AUGGAAAAAUCUGAUAAAGAUUUGGGAAGAGUUUGGUUUAGAGAAAAUGAUUUUGAACGAAUUGGCAUUUUACAUUACAAUAAUCGUCAAGAUUUAAACUUGAUUAUUGAUCAAUCAAUUGAUCAUCAUGAAAUUGUAAUGGAAUUUCAAAUUUUCAGUGAACAAUUCAAAUAUGAAAUGGAGAUUUACACUCAAUCUAUUCAGAAUAAUCAAAUUUUCCAUAAUUUAUUUGUAAAAUACGAUCAAUCCAUUGUAAGAUUUUGUAAACAAGUUUUAAAAGAUUAUGAAAAUCAACAAGAAUUUGCACAAGUUUUAUCAUUUUUGCAAAGAUUGGCAAAAGAUUUGAGAAUUAAGGAAAAGAGAAGUAGAGUUGCAAAUGGAAUUAUGAAUUUUUGGGUAGAAAGAGUUGUCAAUCUUUCAAAUGUCACUAAUCUUUCAGCUUGUAAUAAUUCCAAGAAUUCUCAUGGAUCUUUCUAUGCAGAAAGUGGUAAGAAUGGAGAAUGGAAUUACAAUUUUUCAGGAAAUGGAUGGAAUGGUGGAAUUACCGUAAUGGGAACUGAUUCGUCCAAUGGAAAGAAAGUUUCAUUCGAAACUGAGAAAUUAUCAAUCUUUCCAGAAGAUUUGGAACCUGGAAGAAUCUACGAGGAGAAAUUAUUUAUCGAUCGUUUAGCUCAUGUCGAGUUUCGUUUCCAAUAUAUACCUGAGACGAAACAACUUGGAAUGCAAGAAUUGCCAAAAAGGACGAAAGUGGAAUGGCCUAAAGGAGAAUCAACUGACUUGAAUGGAAGAAAUGUGUUUAGUAUUGGAAAGUUUCUGAAAUUACAUUUGCUAUCUUCAUUUGUUGAGAAGAAAACUAGAAUUGAAAGCAUGUUAAUUGGAGAAUACGAAACUAUUCGAUUUAUAUUGAAUGCAAAAUGCGAUUUGGACGAUUCUUCUGAUUUUAUGAAAGAAAUUGCAGAAAAGAAACCAAUUUCUACCACUGAAAUUACGAAUCUACUUUCGAAUACAACUUUCGACAAGAUUAUUCUUGUGGAGGGAAGAAUUUUUGCAAGUAUUUUCGCAUGGAAACAAAAUGUCAAGAUUGUACUGACUUGUUUGUUUGCUGAGGCGACACCUUUCGAAAUUGCCAAAUCUUUUCUAUUAGAUACUUUACAAAACGCUGAAAUAGUAACUUUCGAAUAA